CUUAGCAGACAACAGCAUUGGCCAGCUGCCGUGUCACUCACUGUAACAAUCGAGUAGAGGGGCUUUACUAGUUUACAUUAGAGAGUGUAACCUGUGCCAAAUUUAACUGUGGGGAGGGAUGGGGGGUCUGAGGAAGGGCUGGCCGGACAUGGUUGAGAGUGCAGGUUACGUGUGUGUUGUGGUCACUGGAAGACCCCGGGCCCUGGAUCCUGAUUCCUGCCCAAGCUGUAUUUGAAAACAGGAGACGGAGUCGGUGAGUUUGUCGGUGUGGAACAGAGGUUGUGACUAGCAGAAGUCCGCUUUUCCUGUCCAUUCAAGGGCAUUGCUGGGAGCCCGAAGAUCAGCUUUGCACUGAGGCCUGUCAGCAAAGCAAUCGGCCUCAUGGACCCUCGAAGAGGUGCAGGACUUCACCGCAGGGGAUGUAUAAGCUGACAAGGUUGGUUUAUCCAGUAAGUGUGACUUCUGUGUGAUUAUUUAAACCUCUUGUGGAUUAAAGUACUUUCAGGAGUUAGAGGUAGAAAACUUACUUGGGGUACAUGUUGUGGCCAAAGGCUGUCUUUUGUUUACUGUCCUGUUAGGUGCUGCACUCCACAGAGAACCCCUUUUUUUUAUUUCUUCUAUUAUUGUUAAUGCACCAUUUUAUCUUUUGUCAUGGGGAUUAAAUAGUCUAAGGGGUUUAAUAUUGAAAGCUUACAUUUGUUUAAACCCCAGUUUACAGUUGUUGCGACACUACAUACUGUCAAUUUGUUGGUGGUGGCUCCCUAAACAACAUUUCACCUGCCACAUUUCAGCAGUUCUCACAGUAGCAUACCCUGAAUUUGCUGCCCUGCACAGUACAUCCAUCAGAAGUAGAAUAUAUUUUUAACAUAAUGUGUUACAGGAACUGACAGUACCGACAUUACUCAGCUGUUUCGAACUCGCACUUCCACCAUAUCUGCCCGGUGUUUGAUUUCACCUCUUGUGGAUCGUGUUGCAGUGGCAUGGGCCAUGAAGGCCACGAACCGCAGAAUCGUGACUGGAACCUGCCUUCCCGUCUGUCCACACUUACCAAAUAUAUACCCUCUUAAAGUAUAUAUAAUCCUGUCUGUGUCCAUGUGAAUAAGUCCCCAAGUUGUACUCUUGGUUAGUAGCUUGGCUUUCUGGGGACUCAUUUGGUUUGAGCUCUGCUGAACAUGCCCCAGAUCUGAGCUCACACAGCCAUGGGUGACUGGAACCUGCUGGGAAAGCUUCUAGAAAAAGCCCAGGAGCACUCCACUGUGGUGGGUAAGGUGUGGCUCACCGUCCUGUUCAUCUUCCGCAUCCUGAUCCUGAGUGCUGCAACAGAGAAGGUGUGGGGCGACGAGCAGUCAGGCUUCACCUGCGACACCAAGCAGCCCGGUUGCGAGAAUGUGUGCUAUGACGUCACCUUCCCCAUCUCCCACGUCCGCUUUUGGGUGCUGCAGAUCAUCUUUGUGUCCACGCCUACAUUGAUCUACCUGGGACACAUCCUCCAUCUGGUGCGGAUGGAGGAGAAGCACGACGACAAGGAGAGGGAACGUGCACAUCACUCAGACAAGCAGGCUCUUAUUGUGGAUGCUAAGCACAAAAAGGCCCUGGUGAGGGACAGUAGGGGCCGAGUGCACCUGCAGGGGGAGCUUUUGCGCACAUAUGUCCUUAAUGUGGUCUUUAAAACCUUUUUUGAGGUGGGCUUCAUUGUGGCUCAGUACUUCUUGUAUGGCUUUCAACUUAAACCCAUGUACACAUGUGACAGACCACCCUGCCCCAACGUGGUAAACUGCUACAUAUCCCGUCCCACAGAGAAAACCAUCUUCAUUAUCUUCAUGCUGGGAGUGGCCAGCGUGUCUCUGUUCCUAAACCUCAUAGAGCUCUACCACCUGGGCUUCACCAAGUGCCGUCAGGGCCUCACCUUCAGGAGAGGUAGACAGUCCCCUGAAAACAUCCCUAAGGAGCCCAGCGAGAUACCUUUUGCGCCGAGUUAUGACGACUACUUCCACCAAGUGCAGCCGGCCUACCCGCCCGCACCCAGCUACAACCUCACCCCUCUGUCCGAAGGCACAGAGUCGACCUUCCACCCCUACCACAGCAAGGCGGCCUACAAACAGAAUAAGGACAACUUGGCGGUGGAAAGGAGCAGCAGCAAGCCAGAGGAAUGUGACCUGAAAGGAAAGAAGGGAGCAGGAUCAGCCCCUGGGUCACCUACGCAGGCCAGGCCCGGCCGCAGUGCCAAACACAGCAGCAACAAGACUAGAAUAGACGAUCUGAAGAUAUGAGGAGGUUUAUGUUUCUUCUUAAAUUGCGGUGAGGGGAUCGUAUUUGAUUUGGAAGCAUUCAUACAUGCUGAACUGACUCCCCUUUUUAAGAUGGCACAGGUUUGACUCAUUCCAACUUAAAAGGGAGUUACAUUUAUAGGGAACACAGUGAAGCUGCAGUUGUAUAAUAUAUAAAGACUGGUUCAAUAAUCACAAACAAACUAAUGAACUUAGACCUCUUUGAGUAAAUUCACUAAGAAGUGCCCCAUAGCAUUUCUUUUUCUUUUCAGUUUUGGCAACACCAUAUUAUCAGUCAAAGUUGUUUGUUUUUUAAUGGUUUUGUGUAUGGUAUGAAUCUUUCCACUAUUCACCAUGAUCACUGAGGGUCUAACAAGUACUGUCUGCUCAGGUUUUACAUUCAGUUUAUUUCUUUUUUUUUAUGUGUGAUGAAUGUGAAUGAAGCCAAAAAUGCAACUCUUUGGGAACAACAUCCAGGGCACAUUCUUAUUCAACGCUGGCCUGAUCUCAUUUUAAAAAAUCAGAUGGGGAGAAUAGUUAAAUUUAACUUCCUUAAACAGUUUUGAGGUCACCAUCUAGCAUAGUUCACUUGCUUAGACUUGAAGUGAAAAGUUGUGCAAUAACUGACAACAACACAUUGGACACUGGGAAUACUGUACGUAAUUCCAGGACGCGCCUCAAAAGAAAUUGCACUGGUCUCAGGAGUUCCCACAUUUGUACUCUCUCUUUAUUGUGACAGCCAGCCAGUACAUAAUUAUAAGCACAUUGUCUUGUUUAUCUUUGUUUAUAUCUCUGUUUGUGUCAUUUGUUUUCUGUAAAACACUUGGUGACAACCAUAUUUGUAAAACCGCUUGAAAUAAAUCUGUCUUAAAUUUGCAAAGUUAGCAGUGCAUUUGUGAUCUCAAGUCUUUAUCAGGAGAAAAAGGGGGACCAUUUCACUGGAACACAUGUUGCAACUGUUUUUUCAUAUUCAUGAAACAAAUAAAUCAAGAUCAGUUCAGGAGUGGAAACAAUAAUAUUGGUAAUGUUUCUCCAAUAUAUAAUGUAUUAUAUGGAAUGGAAUCUUUUUUUUUUAAACACUGAAUCUCAGAAAUCAGAAUCCAUAGUUUGAGUUAUUAGUAUCUACAACAUUUCAACCUGUUGAGCGUGAAAAACAUCUUACACUCACGUGGGCCAGGAAAGCACAGCACUCAGGCACCCCUGGUAUAAAACCUUGAAAUGAAUGAUAUAGCAUGUUCAUGACAAGGAAGCGCUAACAUAUAUUUGGACUGGUACGUUCAUUAUUUUCUGUCAAUGACGAACAAAUAGAUUUUUUUUUUUUUUACUUGAGUAAAAUUUCUGACAAAAGAAUUGACUCAACUGUUGUUUCUCGAUGCGUUGAGAUGUGAUUGAGUGUAGUCUGGGCAUACUAUUCUUAACUUUAGUGUGUUGUGGUGCCAGAAACAAUGAUUGAGAUCUCCCAGACAAAACAGUCAGGAGCGUUUUUUGUGAUGUACGGCUCCAUAAAUCACUAAGUAAACCAGAAUCUGAUUCUACAAAAUGUCCCAUCUACUUUUACAAAUGAAAAUAAAUCAUGAAGGUCAUUUAAAGUUG